AAGUGGAGCCCAGCGGGAGUGAAGAAGUGACCCAUGAUGGAAUUCAGAGGGGAGGCUUUUUCAUCCGUGUCUAGCCCAGACAUCCUGACAUGGACACAUCCAAACAACUUCUCACAGACGCUCGAACGUAUCCUUCAUACAUAUGCGUCAUCUGUCGAAGGCAACAGCUCCUUCUCUUCCGGUGGUUCCCCAAAAAACCAAUCAAGAUCCGAUGAUACAGUGCUUGGACCCCGCUACCACAGCCAUGUCCGCAUCUUCAUCAUCGUCAUCAUGAUCGCUUUUUCAACUGCGGGGAACAGCGUCGUCUGCUGGAAACUCCUGACGCGUCGCCGCCGGAGGUGUUUGUCCAAAGCCCAAGUGCUCUUCUUGAACCUGGCCGUCGCAGACCUCCUGGUGACCCUGGUCACUAUGACAUCGCAGAUGGUGUGGGAGAUCAUGGGGAGGAUUUGGGUUGCUGGUGACGCCUUCUGUCGAAUGUUCAAGGUUCUUCAGACGUUCGCGCUGGCGUCGUCCACCUACGUCAUUGUCAGCAUCGCUCUCGACCGCCAUUCUGCCAUCGUGUCGCCGCUGGCCAAGUGCCCCGGACCUUGGAAGUUGGCCACAGCGGCCUGGGUGGCGGCGCUGAUGCCCUCUUUGCCGAACAUCUAUGUGUUUCGGUUGGUGGAAGCGAAUUCGGGUGCGCAUUAUUGCGCGUCCAUAUUCUACGUAGGGGAGACACCGCUGCUCUACAGACAGUUUUACAUGGGAACCGUGUUUAUGAGCGUGUUCAUCUUGCCUUUGGUGCUUCUUUUUGUACUCUAUGGCCGUAUACUCUGGGUGAUCUGGAGGCAAAGUUCUGCUUUCAAUUUACGGGAGCGGACGUCAUCUUCGUUACCCAAGGCCAAGAUCAAGACCCUCAGGAUGACCGUGCUUGUCUUCGGGGCCUUCAUCGUGACGAACGUUCCCUACAUGGUCCAGGAGAUGGUACUGGCCUUCUCCGGAUCCUCGGGUGCCCUCAGCAGCAGCAUCGUGGCGCUCUUCGGCGUGAUCUCGGCUUCCAACAGCGCCAUCAACCCAUACAUCUACAUCUUGUUCCAUACAAGGAAAUAGAAGCGAAUCGUGUCGCUUUUCCCCGACGGCGUCGCCGGACAGAGCGCCCGGCAGGGACAGCUGGAAAGCUGUCUUGACCACGGAAUGUCGUCUUAUCAAAGCCUGUCGCGCCAGACACUGUCCACCUGAGACGCAGACUCAAUUCCCUGCAACAGCCAACCUUGGAGCACUGAUGGCGUGAACGAAAGGGAGCCUCUGCACACCUUUUCUACAGGGGCGCCGCCAUCUUGAAUGUCGUCACUUCCAGUAUGGACGAAAACAUUACUUUGUCCUCAAGCCAAUAGAAGAAAUUAAGAUUAUUAGCGUGGCCGUCACCCACUCGUUUUGCCUCACCUUUAGUUCUUUACUAUUUCCAGGUUGAAAAUGUUUCAUUCUUUUUUCCUCGCCCACACCGGACGUGUC